CUUAUUAUUUCGCAUUAGGUUGACUUUUCCAUAAAUUAAUAAAUUACUUUUUUACAACUAACUGCCAAUAAAUUACAUAAAAGUUAUUGUUUAUUGCUUAGUUUAUACAAGGUUAUUGAUUAAACAUGGCGAGGUUCUGGUUGUUCAUUAAUGUUGCGGUACUUCUAAUGUGUGCUCAGGGAUUAGGUUUGGAAUGCAAUAAAAUUGACCAAUGCAGGUGUCAGAUGUCCGAUGGUUCUGGUAUCAUCAAUUUAAAAAGCAUCGGUCGCCAAGACAACGUCCCACGAUGGACAAUUAACGCUGGUUGGUGGACGUUUCGCUACAACCCUUGCUAUGCGUUUACUUCAGUACAAUUUACUGGACUUGCAGUUCAUCAAAUUGACAGCAACACGUUAACUGAGGAAUACAACCUCGGUUUACAAUCUACCGAGUCAUUCUCAUACAACGUAACAGAUGGCGUUUCUAUAAGUUAUCUGUCCCAUGAUAGCUUACGAAAAUCCCGGGUCGCUUUAGCUUGCGAACCUUUAAACACCGGCCACGAUCUUUUGUUUAUAGGGGAACUUAUUAUAACGGAAUAUGAAUUCGUGCUUACUAGUCCCUGUGCGUGUCCAGGUUUAUGCGAUGAUAAUGGUGUAAUAAUACCUAAGACGACUACACUGCCAAAGACAACAACCACGCCCAACCCGAAUCCAAACGGUAACGAUAAAUACCAUUAUUGGAAUGAUGUUGGUCCCGUCAUCGUAUCUCUGCUUAUUCAUGACGUCAUAAUACUAGUUAUCGCGCUCAUUGUGAUGGCUAUUUUGAAAUUCGGGUUUGAUAUCACGUGUUGCUCACGAGGUGGGGCACCAGGAGGGGGUUUCCCUAACCCGGCAUCAAAUAAAAGCAAUCCAUAUUCUAUCUCAACCGAUGCAUAGAAAUAUAUAAUCAGAAAAAUGCUUGAAAUAGGUAAAUAAUAUGUUGGGGUAAGAUGGCCAUUAUUUUCAUCAUAUUUAACGUCACCUUUGGUUGCAAGCCAUUAAUAUUUAUGGAAUAAUGUAACCGUAUUCUCACGAUUCUAAAAGAACGUUGUUAAUUGUUAAAAACACGAUUGGAAAAUAUGGGAUAUUAUUUUGCAAACGGUAUUCCAUCUUAUCCCAACCUACUAUACAUUUAUAUAAAGAUGAAUCAUCAAAGUUGUAAUUAAUAUAAAGUUAUUUUCCGUACAUCACGCAUAUGUUAUGUAGUAUGCGUUUAUAGCUAAAGUAACAAUACUUUGCCAAAGAGUAAUCUGCCUUAAUUUUUCCAUUUCAUAUAUUUUAAGUUAUCGUUGUAUAAAACCUGUGCAAUAUUCAUGUGAGAUUACGUGUUGAAAAUGUAAGUUGAGAUUUUAAAUGUUAAUUUUAUUUGAUAAUGUGCAAUAUUUCAUUUAGUGCUUUAAUAUAUUUCACACUUACUUCCAUAAACAUUGUAAGUGCAAUAAAUACUAUGUGUGUUAUAUAUAAAUGAUUUAUCCUCGCUUGUAAUUUGUAUAGCCCUUAUAUACUGUGGGGUAAGAUGGAACACCUUUAGCGCACUAUAUAUCCAAAUUAUCCUGAACGCGUUUUAAACAAUUAACAACGGUCUAUGGAAGUCGUGAGGACACAGUUUUGUAAUUCUUUAAAUGUUCUUUGUUUACCACCAGAUGGGACAGGAAAAUGGAAUGAAAGGUGUCCCAUCUUUCCCCACCCUACUAUAAUAUAUAGAGCGUAUACUGUAUUGAGUUGCCACGUAUGUAUCUUUGUGGAUGAUUUUACUAAGUUUAAAAGAAAAACCGCUGUGAGCAAAUUCUAACUGGUAUUUAAUAAACUGAAACAUUGUAAUACGGUA